AAUUAUCACCGUGGCGUUAUAGAGCUUUAUUUAAAAUGUUUUAUCUAAAGUCCAUUAUGUUUAUGUCCUGAGCAAAACUAACAUUUGUUGAGAAAUAUUGGUUAAAGUUAUUCCUGUUGCUAGCUUGCUAGCACGUAGCUAAUAAGCAUAUUUGCUACACAGCUGCUACACCUCUUAUAGUUGUUUUUUUCCAGCUAUAUUUGUAGGGAAAUAUUGCAGUAAUUGUUUACAUGUGUGGACCUAUCAUGAAAACGGAGAAGCCUUAACGUAAACUAAGCUUCGGUAAAACAAAUGACGUCGCCGCGGUGUUACAACCAUGCCCUCCUUUUCGGUUGUUAUCGCGAGGAAGUGAAAUGAAGCGAGAGUGUUUUUCUACGUCGACGCUUCCAGAGAGCCACUUCCGUCUUCAGGGUUUGGACAGCGCCUGCUUCUUUCUUCUUCUCCGGCAGCGUCGCACACAUGGAGCCCCGCGUUGUGUGAUCCCGGGAAGGGGUUGGAAAGCCCCGGGCGAAUAGCACACACGCCAUCCCUCCCGCGAUGGUACCGUCUCCCCGGACUCGGUGACGGCCGAAGCAUGGUGCCCUCUGGCCGGGGGAGGUGGAUUUAUCGCACGCUGUCCCCAGAAAGGCGAUACCGGUGCUCGACGGAUUGGUCAGCCCACUCAUCUUCUUCACUGCCGGGGCAAAUGAGUCACGACCACCGCACGUUCUGCGAUGUAGAGCCGGCAAACACGGGAGGUGUGGAAGGAGCCAGUGCACUGCUGUGGUGAAUAGACAUUGUGGCUGAUUUAGUGUAAACGUCCACUAUUCCGAAGCCUCUCAACAUGAGCAACCACCAGCCCCCUACCCAAGCUGCGUCCUCAGAGCUGGAGGUGAUCUCUCAGCAGGUGGAGGAGGACAACCAGCGUGUGGCCCCAGUUAAGCUCGUCAGCUUCUCAUACAGAGACUUACCUCUGGCUGCCCUAGAUGUGUCCCUUGCUGGAUCUCAGCUCAUUUCAAACCCAGAUGAAGAUGAUAACAGAGAGGGGUCCAACUGGCUGAAGCCGUGUUGCGGAGGGCGAGCGGCGCUGUGGCAAGUGUGUCUGGUCUCAGCCGGCUUCAACUGUGUCCUUGUGGCCUGCGUGGUUCUGGUGGUCGUCCUACUGACUUUGGAGCUGCUCAUCGACACCAAGCUGUUGCAGUUUAAUAACGCAUCCCAGUUUGCCGGCGUCAUCCACUGGAUCAGUCUGGCAAUCCUGUCAGUCUUCUUCACUGAGACCGUGUUCAGGAUCGUGGUCCUGGGGAUAUGGGAUUACAUUGAGAACAAAGUAGAGGUGUUCGAUGGAGCCGUCAUCGUCCUCUCGCUGGCCCCUAUGGUGGCCUCCACUGUGGCCAACGGCCCCAGCAGCCCCUGGGACGCCAUUGGCCUCAUCAUCACGCUGCGUAUCUGGAGGGUCAAAAGGGUUAUUGACGCCUACGUGCUGCAAGUGAAGGUGGAGAUGGAACUGGAGAUCCAGCAGUAUGAGAAGGCCAAAGCGCUAAGAGAGGAGCAACUUGACCGCCUUACUCAGAUCUGCCAGGAGCAAGCAUUUGAAAUUCGGCAGCUGAGGGCCCACCUGGCCCAUCAGGACCUGGAUCUGGUGGCAGAGCGCGAAGCAGCCAUGCAGAUCCACCAUAUGUGGGGUAAACCAAGCAGCAGUUUCCAUGAGGUGGACGGACUGGCCCCUGGGAGCUCCGAACAUCACAGGCCGGCCAAAGUCAGAGAGCCCGGGGGGCCCUCAGCCCACCACGGCCAGGACGACAUGAACAACUACAUCAGUCAGUAUUACAGCGAGCCAAGCAGUGACAUGGGCGUCCCAGACCCCGCCGCACGCGUCAUCACCACAGCGGCCAUUGACGUCCACCUGCCCGACAACCCCGGCCAGCUUCCUCCUUCUCUGGUAAGUGCAGACGCCGUGUCCGGUAGCGGCCGCUUGCAGCGCGCCAACAGCUCGGCGAGCGAAGCGUCCGCCACCACGGCGUCUCGCAUCAGCAGCCGCACGCUGGGAUCGUCCACGGACUGUAGCUCCACCGUGCGCGAGGCGUCCACGUCCACGGACUACAGCGACCAGCGCUGCUACCCUCCGCCCUACAGCAGCACGCAGCCCAGAGGAAGCCCCAGCGCGGUGGUGCAGGAACUGCUCUCCUCGCUGUCGGGGGACUCCUGUCUCGCCCAGAAGGGUUUGGACCCGGUCAACCUCAAACCCCCGAGCCCGACCGGUUCCACCAAAAACAACCCCGAGCUGGAGCACAGGGUCAACAUCUACAACAAGAGGAACCAGGAGUCGCACACCAAACCUCUCAUCCACUUUCAGGGCAAGGAAGCGUUCCUGGAGGAGAAGUACAGGAUGAUGGAGCCAGUAGACGCUCCCAUCCAUCAUCUGUCGGAAACAUAAGACGGCAGGAACCUCAACACUUAUCAGGAAAUGACUCACUUUUAUCAACCUUUUACCAGCAACAGGCACAAACCUAAUGCGACGACGCAGUGGUUUUAUAAUAAAAAGCCUAAAAAAGGGUUUGAUGGAGCAACAGUGGAUCGGUGUUGCCAUACCAAGUCAUUUGUAAACUUCUGUCUUUCUAUUUUAAUUAACAAUGUUUGUAAUAUAAAUUCUAUGGAUGGAGUUUUGGAAUCUAACCAGUCUGAGAUUUGGAAAAUUGAAAACGUGGCUGCACAUGACAUGAAGUGGGAACUGUGGUGUAGCUGUGUAAAUAUUUCAAAACAGGAAGUCUUAAAUGCGGCUACCACAAAAUUGAUCAUGGCAUGAACCUUUCAAAAUAUUGCACACCAACUUUAUUGUACAGUCAGACGUUUUUUUUUUGUUAUCUCUGUCAUGGACCGCCGGCACUGCGGAGUGGAGCCAAUAAAAGGAAGAACAAGUCAAGUCGGUUGUCACUUUUAAUACAAUGUGAAAAUUAGCGUAGUUCAGCAGGUCGACUUCCCAAACCCGGCCAACACGUACCAAUAAGUAGGAUCACUCACCACUAGAGGCGCCACAAAAUCAGCAAUCAAAGUACAGCUUUGAUUGCUGAUAUUCAAAACUUGUACAUAAAAACUGGCAUUGGUGUGAAGACAUUCUCAGCAGGUGUGCUGGAUCCUCCACUGGCUCUUCUUUGUGAAGGUUGCAGCUGACGGAUGAUGAUCAGAUUGUUGGUGCUCACUUGCUCAGAGCUUCUGUCAUCGCAGGAACAGCCUGGAAAAACAAAAGGUCAGAUUUUGUGUUUUAUUUUUACUCUUUGUUCCAUUAACUUCAUAUGAUUGACUAUGUAUUUCAAUCAAUCAAUCAAUGUUUACCGUAUUUUUCGGACUAUAAUUCCCAGUUUUUUUUCAUAGUUUGGCCGGGGGUGCGACUUAUGUGUGAAAUUAUUAACACAUUAGCGUAAAAUAUCAAAUAAUAUUAUUUAUCUCAUUCACGUAAGAGACUAGACGUA